AUGCAAUGUUUUUGUCCUCCUAGUUUAUUUGGUGAAUACUGCCAGCAUUUUAGUGAUCGUAUUACUGUCAUAAUCAGUCUCUAUGACAUACCUUCAAAGCUAUCAGAACAAUCGUCAAACAUUAUCAAAAUUUUAGCAUUAUUAUUAUCUGAUGAUCAGACUAUUGAUCAUCGAGUCAUUCAUUUGCCGAUGAUUCUUUCCAAAGAUUUAAAUAAAAAGUUUCGGUUUAAUCUUAUUCACCAAAGACCAAAACUAUCACCGAAAUCUUAUACAAUUCGAUUUGAAGCGUACUACGUGAGUAUUGAUCUGUCCAUCAAAUUUCUUGCCGUUUGGGAGUAUGCAGUUCAGUUUCCAUUUUUACCUUCUUAUCGUCUGGCACAAGUUCUGAAAUUCGAAAAAGAAAGUAUAUUUUUGAUGAAAUCUCAUAUCUGUCAAACAGCUAAUCCGUGUGGUCCUAGCAGCAUAUGCCAUCCAAUAAUGAAUAAACUUACCAAUAUAUCAGCAUUCUACUGCUAUUGUAAUAGUAAUUCAUUCGGAAAAAUCUGUGAGCAUUCUUUCUCAAGAUUGUCAUUACCUAUUAAUUGUUCUAUACAUGCUGUGUUACGUCCAUUAUCAUUAUCGACAUCAAUUUGUUUAUGUCCGGCUCAUUUAUAUGGACCUACAUGUCAUAUAAAUCAUACAUGUGAGUAUCGAAAUCCGUGUGGUGCUGGUCGGGGAAAAUGUUUCCACAAUCCUGAGAAUAUGACGCAUGAUUACAUUUGUGUUUGUGAUAAAAAAUAUUUUGGCUAUCAUUGCGAAUUUGAUUCUGCACGGAUCAGAAUAAACUUUACUAAAUUAUCAUUUGUUCAAUCUCCAUCAAAUUUUAUUAUGUCAUCGAUUAUUCAAUUAUGUGAUCUUCACAAUGAAAGCCUUGAACUUAUCAUAAGAGAAAAACGUGUUUAUCAAGGACUACCUCCACUUAUCAUAGACGUAUUUCAUAAUAAUCACUAUUUGCCAGUGCUAGGUUUACUGAAACUAUAUCAUAAACAGGAUUUAUCCAAUGAUUACCUGGCGAAUCUUAAACAACCAGAAUAUUUCCUCUUACAUGUAGUUUCAUCAAAAGUAUCACGAAUAAACAUAACAUCAAUGGUAGACAUGGAGAAUUAUUGUCCGCAUACCGGAAGUAUCUUUCAGAAAAAUAUUUCUCACAUUCAAUAUUUAUCUCAAUUCUUAAAUUCAAAUGAACCAAAAUUUAUCGAUGAUUUCAAUGUGUCCAUCAUAAUCUUCAAGUAUCAUCUACUCUGCAAUCCAUCCUAUUCUCUCGUGUGCUUUCAUGACGAUAACUACUUCUGUGUGUGUGAUAUCUACGGUCAUGCCGAAUGUUCUCGUUAUGAUUCAAUAAUGGAUGAAUGUGCUGAAAGAUGUCUCGCUGGAGGUCAAUGCAUUCGUGGUGAUUUAGAGGAUCGAAAAGAUUUUGUUUGCUUAUGUCCACGCUGCUAUUAUGGAAGCAUCUGUCAACACAAUACAGAAUUAUUUAGUUUUACUUUAGAAACAUUGUUAACUUACGAUUUGUAUUCAUUGUCUGUAGCCGUACAACAAGUUUUUUCUAGUCUCUUAAUCAUCAUCCCGGCUAUUUUAUUUGUAAUUGGUGCUCUAAACAAUGUCUGUUGCUAUGUAACAUUUAAUCGAACGAAACCACUCUUAGUUGGUAUCGGACACUAUUUGCGUACAGUUUCUAUUAUCAACCAAUUGGCAUUACUGUCAUUGCUAUUAAAACUCAUUCAUACUGUAUUCAGCAUCAAAGGUCACAUUGUUCAUCAUACGAUGAACACAAUUUCAUGUAAAAUUUUAUCAUAUUUUCUCUCAUGUACAAGUCGUAUGAGUUAUUGGUUGAUGGGUAUGGUUGCCGUUGAACGAGUAUAUGUUACGUGGUACUUGAAAGGUACAUGGCUAAAAAGUCCACGGAUUGCUAAAUGCAUUAUAGCAACUAUCAUUGUCGGAAUAGUUGUAAGUAACAUUCAUGAAGUCAUAUUUUAUCAAUCUAUUGAAGAUCCAAAAUCUUCUGACACGAAUAAUAGUACAUGGUGUGUUACAUCGUAUCCAUCAAUCAUUGCUACAUACAACCAAGCUAAUGUUAUUUUAAAUUAUAUCAUGCCUUUCCUUAUCAAUUUUUUAUCGACCAUCAUUUUAACGAUUUUAAUCAUAAGAAAAAAAUGGGCCAUUGCAACAAAAAAAAUAAGUGAGCAUUCACAUACAUUACAAAAUAUGAGAGCAACAUUUCAUUCAUACAGAAAUCUUUUCACUGAAAAUAAAGAACUAAUUUUGGCUCCCUUAAUUACCAUGUUACCACAACUCUUCUCUCUGCCACAAUUUAUUCUUUCGUUCUCAUUAGCUUGCCAAGAAUUGAAAGUCAGUUGGCAACGUUAUCUUCUGAUUGUAUCCUACUUCAUAACAUAUCUACCACAAGUACUAUCAUACAAACUAUAUGUUUCGCCAUCAUCAUUUUACAAGAAAGAGUUCAAUCUAACAAAGCUUGGCAAAAAAAUCACCAAAUGGCAAAAGAAAAUCGUAAAAAAAACAGAAACAACAUCAGUAACACUUAAUAAGUCGACUAACCAAGCAAUGGCCACAAUACAAUGA